ACAUAUUGAAAACAUCUUAACAAUAUUGCUACUUGGGUUAUCAUCUAUUGUUUGCUGGUGUUUUAUUUGCGUUGUUCAAUGUGUUUUACUUUUGUGUGAAAAACAGCGAUAUAUUUUAAGAUUUAUUACAACAGCAAUAAAGGAAAAUAUUUCAAAUGCGUUGUUACGAAAUGACACUCGGCUGAUACAGUGUCAUCCAUUCCUGUUGUGUUGACUGACCAUCCCCGCAAACGGAGCGCGUAGGGCCAUAACAAAAGCUGCGUCUUGCCAUUAUUCGUCCAGCGUUCGUGUGAGCGUCGUGUUUUGUAAUAAAAAAAAUGGCUCCUUACACAUCGGAAAGCGAUCGUCCAGCAACACCCCAGCAAUCAAAGCCGGCGAUGGAGGGAACCGACAUUUUGAACCAGCAGCCAUUGAGCGAAGUGCCGGGUCACAGUACCAGCAACCGUAGCCAUCGCUACAAGUGUGAAUUUUGCCAGCAAACGUUCAAGCGACGCGACGAACACGAUCGGCACCGUUUUUCACAUACCGGAGUGCACGCAUACCCUUGCCUGGAACCAAGCUGCGGCAAAGCGUACUCCAAUCGAUCACAUCUGCUGCGUCAUAUGAGAACAAAUCAUCUCGAGCGACCCGAAACGUCCGGCCCGGAGCUAGCUUGCAAACAUCCCAACUGCACUAUGAAGUUCAGCAGCAAGCACGCCAUGAAGCGUCACUACCAGACGAAGCACGUUCUUGGCAAACCGUACGCAUGCGAUGUGUGCAGCGAGCGGUUCUGGCGCAAGCUACAAUUGAAGCUGCAUAAGGUGCGCCACACUGGUCAGUAUCCGCACCGGUGCGAACACUGCAGUCAGGGUUUCGUCAACCUAAAGUUGAUGCGCAGCCACCGGUGCAAGCACCAUGCGCAGAAGUGUGCCGACUGCCCGAAAGAGUUCCUCCGCUGGUCCGAGCUGGUAACGCACCGCCGGCUUGAGCAUCCGAGCGAGUUCCGUUGCGACCAGUGCGACAAAGUGUUUCACACGAAACGGAACCUCAAUCUGCACGGUCGCGUGCAUCGUACAGAGGACGAGCGUGACGUGUUCGAGUGUCCGCAUGCCGGCUGUCCAAGGUUUUACGAACACCAGCGCAAUCUGUACGCACACAUACGGGCGAAGCAUGAAAACCGCAAACGGGAGGAUCUCGUAUGUACGGUCAGUGAAUGCGGACGAGUGUUGGCCACCAAACAGAAGCUGGAACAUCACCGUAAGUUGCAUCUCCGCGCGUCAAAGACUGGUCGGGCACGGAAAGCGAAAGUGGUACCGUUGGCAGGAUGCAGCAAGGAUGUGACGGAUGGUUCGCCAUGUACUGCUGCACCGAAAGAAACAACAACCGGAAAGGACGAAUCCACUGUGACGGUAUCGUCCGAUCAAAAAAGUUUGCUAGAUGUGACCACUGAUUCGGAGGUGGAAAACACGCAAACGGUCCAGGAUCUGCUUGAAACGCAUAUGCAACACUUGUGCACACAGCUGGACACGCUACGGUCUGUUUUAGCUCCAGUGUAGCGCGCAAAUUUGCAUCUGUUUAAGUCGAUGAGUAUAAUGGUUGGCACGCUUUAUAAUCUUAAGCAGCAAUGCAUUUCUUAAAGUGUAGGUAGGAUUUGUAUAUCCUAUGUGUAUCUUUUCUAUUUUAGGCAGUUCUAUUUAAGAAGCAUUUUCCACGGGCGUUGAGGGAUUGAUAUCAAAACGCAGGAUAUAGUUUUAGAUAGAUACAAAUCAUAUUUUUGUGGAACAUUUAUUAGCACCUUAAGUAAAACAGCUUAAAGUUGUAAUUAUAGUGAAUUACGUUAGUUAUAUUAUUUUGCCAAUGGAAUAUUUAUGCUACUGUACGUGGAAGUUAGUGCCAUGUUAGGAUUCGUUUUUUUAAAGAAUUUCUUUCACACUGGUUUUUAAUGUUAAGUCCCAAUAAAAGGAAAAGUGAAUUAUACAUACAGUAAUAGAAA